UGGCAGGUUUGCGCUGGAAGGAGGUGCAGAUAGGCAAGCGUAGGACUGCCUGGAUGAAGAAUGAACUAUGAUCAGCUGCAGCCCUUUGCAAAACUGAAAGCGAGGUUUUCUACGAAGUCAUGUGCCAAAGCAACAAUCUCCCUGAAGAAGGCCUGACGUCCGGGAGGAACAGCUGAAGCACAGGAACUCUUAGGAACUUUAAAGGUGUGAUCUAGGCAAGAUGCCCAUCAAUAUGAAUGACGUGAUGCAACUCCUGGGCCGUGUAUCCGAAGUGCAGGGCAUGAAGGCGGCCCUGAGGCAUUCGGGACGAGGUGCACUUAUGGCUGGGCUGGGCGCUUUUCUCGGAGGCAUGAUGGGAGGCCCCUUCGGCAUUGCCAUAGGGGGUGCAGUUGGUGGCCUGGUCGGUGCCAAUAUGUCUGCUGGUCAAUUCAAACCGGUCCCUCAGAUCCUCAUGGAAUUGCCGCCCACGGUGCAGCAGCAGCUAUACAAUGACGCCUAUGCCAUUCUUAAGGACUUUAAUUGGACCGACUUGGCGCAGAUCACAGCCCUGGUCCUGGCGAAUUCAACCCUUCAAACCAAGUUGCUGGGUGUGGUCACAAACUACCUCACCAAUGAGCUCAACGCUGAAAUCCAGUAUGGGAAGAAGAAACCAUAAGGGUAGAUGUGUGUGUGCUUACCAAAGGGAAUUCCACCAGCCACACUGUGCAU